AUGGCAGUGUCGCACGCCAGACAGCAGGCGUUCCAACAGUUACGACCACCCUGCGUGGAAUUGAGUGCGAUAGCCCUUCGCUUCAAAGGCAGCCAAGCUACCGUCAAGCAGGUCUUUCAUGCUCUUCAAGAUGUGCAGCGUGCCCUUGAAAGUCCGAACGUUCAAGCAGCACUCGACGCAAAGCUCGCCGAAUACGCCUUCUUCCCCUUAACUCACAUAUUCAAUUCAGCUCAGUCUUUGUCCUCAACAUGUCUCGAAUCCGCGAUUCGCUGCGUCAUCAUUCUACUCUCCAAGGGCUGGCGCAGUACAAUCGCCCCAGAGAUGGGCAAACAGCUCCUCAUCUUGAUGAGUCUCCUUGCAGGGGGACAGACCAGACCUGGUGGCGAGGCUCCAACUGCCGAGAUCAAAGCGCUUGCUUUCCGCUGCGUAGAAGUCAUUGUUCAGCAGCUGACGCAAAAGGAUGAAGCCCAUCAAUUGCUCAAUGAUCCAGGAUCCAGGAAUAUCAUAGACCAGUUGGUCUACUUGCUGCUAGAGUCGGUCACGGAUAGUGAGUCUGACAACGUACAGCUUGCAUCCUCAGAGGCACUGCAUGCAAUCGUCUCGUCGAUCUCAAGCCGCAUGACCCUCGCAAGCCUGCUGCCGCGCACAGCGUCUUCGCUCACUCAGGCGUUGCGCACGAGCACCAAAGCGCGUCGCACCAGGAAGGUUUUAUCGUCCUAUCUUGCUCUACUCAGAGAUUUGCUUCGUGCUGUCCUGGCUGACGAUGUUGUAUUCCCUCCUCAAGCUUCAGCGACCGACACAAGUUCUCAAGAUGAGCAACUGGACAAACUUGAUGACUCUUGGCUCCGAGCCACAACAGAGCAGGUCAAGAUUGCACUCACUCAGGUAAUGAGGCUUCGUAGUCAUGACCACAUCGAAGUCAGAGAUGCCCUAGCAGACCUGUGCCUCAUGGUCAUUGGGGAUUGUCUUCGUUCACUGUCCGACUCGCUUCCGAUCACCGUCGAGACGCUGAUCCACCUUGCACAAUUUGACGACUCUGCAUCUACAAAAUCAAAAGUCGAGUUUCUCAUGACUUCCCAACCAGUACUCGUCGAUAUCUUGAAAGAGAAGCUAUACAACUGGUGUCGGGCACUUCCCAGGACUAUGCGUACCAGCGAGGAUAGACCAAAGGUGCAGUUGUUCGGACAAAUCAGAGCCGCGCUAUCAUUGCUUUCGCAUGUCGCAGAAGUCUCCGAACAGGCGCUUUCAAAAUUUGCAGGGGGGCUGAUCGAAGGGCUAAAUGUCUUCCAUCCUGGUUCUGGACCUGCAGAACUAUUCACUGAACAAUCGGCGACCGCCUUGCCGUCCCUUUCACAGCUCCAAACCGUCAACGCAUCAGAAGAUUUCAGGUCUCUUCUUUUUGAGCGUACGAGCGAGCAUGGAUCAGCACAUGAGCUUCGCCUAGCGCUUGACAGCCUUACGACUCUUGGGUACAGCAACCACCUAGCUCGAGUCUGUGUGGACCGGCUAGCAGAUGCGGUACCUGCGGAGCAGUUCACAUCUGCUUGGCUCGCUUUGCAAUCGUUGUCAGGAAGUCGAGGCACAGAAUUCAAUGCUGACUCCUUCAUCGAGGCAGAGGGGACAGAAGGUUUGCGUGUGAGUAAGCCGCAGAUCGUAUCAGACCUAUACGCUGCUGCUCUCCCAUGGCUCGUUGACGAAGAGUACCGAGGCGAAUCCAGUGACUGGCGACUUGUGGCCUUGGCAAUCGAAGUCGCUGUUCUUCAAGCUCAGCAGCUGGACGUUUCAUACAGGCCAGAGCUACUAGAAACUCUCUAUCCAAUGCUUUCGUUGCUUGGAGGCCACAACACCGCUCUCCGUGAGCAUGCUAUGACGGGCUUGAACCUCCUUGCCACCGCCUGUCAAUAUCCAUCAACCAGCCACAUGCUAAUCGAAAACGCCGACUACCUCAUCAACUCUGUUGGCAUGAAGCUCAAUGCGUUCGACGUCACUCCUCAAGCUCCACAUGUCCUCCUGAUGACGGUCCGCCUUUGCGGUGCUCGAAUCGUGCCUCAAUUGGAUGAUCUCAUUGGCAGCAUGUUCUCGGCGCUUGACAACUUUCAUGGCUAUCCUCGGCUUGUCGAAGCAUUGUUUCAGGUCCUCAGAGUGAUGGUUGACGAAAGCAAGAAGCGACCAAAUCUUACUAUUACAAACGGUAUGAGAGAGCCCGAGCAUUACAGACAAGCGGAAAAGAGCUCGUCCUUGAACGACAUACUGGAUGAUCUCGUUCGACGAAGGACGCGAAAACGCAAGAUCAUGAACGAGGAUGACGCAGCUCCCGCGAGGGCCCCUCAAAAGCCUUGGACAGACGAGGUAUUGCCUAAUCAGCAAGUUGACCAGGACAUGCUCCAGACAGAUGUGGAUGGGCCCGAGAGUCAAACAGGUCCACAAGCCAAGGAGGAAGAGAACAAGCUUUCGAAGUCGUACAAGCUCCUUCUAAGCAUUGCACAAUCGGCAGUCCCUCACUUGACCUCCCCCUCACCACAGGUACGUCAGACACUGCUGCAGUUACUGGAUGAGGUUGCGCCACUACUAGCUAUGGACGAAAACUCGUUCUUGCCCUUGAUCAACAGCGUUUGGCCAGUAGUCGCGCCUCGAUUACUGGCGUAUACACCAGUCGUGGACGACAACGAGGGCGAGACGGCAUACAACGCGUGUGCUGCUGCCGAUGUCAUCGCCACGCUCUGUAGGGGAGCCGGAAGUUUCAUGUCUAGUCGAAUUGACGAAAUAUUCCCUCUGCUUAAGAAGCUUUUCUCGGAUGUCGAGAGUCGUCGCAAGCCUACGAAGGAGUCCAAGAGAGACACGAAGUCUCUAGCAGUCCGUGACUAUUCCGUUGCGACGGGAAGAUCUCCGCGUUCGCAAGUGCUGGGAGCUCUGAUUCGUCUUCUGAGCACGAUAUUGUCCUUUGUAAGACUUACAGACGAUAUUGGGGAUCAAAUAGUGGAUAUGCUUGUCCCUUAUUGCGGAGGAGUUGGCCAAGACGUUGAGAGAGCACUUACUUGGUACAAUGCAGACGCUGUUUGGCUUUGGCGGGAGAAGCAGAGUCAUGCUCCGCCAGAGCCCGCGUAG